CAACAAUUUAUGUUGUGACGUACUCGCAGCUCGCAGAGCUCGUAGGGCGAUGCAACUCGGAAUCUCCAGAGUCAAGCACAAACAUUGAAAGAAAAGAAACAGCAAGAGUGACACACUGCGCGCCACCACAUAAAUGAGAAGAAAAAUGAGUACAUCAAAAGUGAAAAUAGUAUAGUCACCCGGCUAAAAAAAAUCGAAUCUUAUUAUUGUGCUACGGAAUAUUAAACAAAUUUUGUUUUCGCGAUGAGUCAGAGAUCAAGGUACGGCUCGUUUUAUAGAUAGCGGGACAACAGCUUAUAUAUAUUUGCGCAGAUAUAUAAUAACAUCUGGAUUCAUCGAACAGUUACUGGGAGAUCAACACAGACAGAACAAACAAAAAUUCUAUAUGUGCAGCAUUUUUGGUUGCUGCGACAACAUGGAGAAUGAAUCGUUUGAAGAGUUGUUUAAAAUACGAUCUAUCGACAGAGCCCUUCGAAUACCGAGUGUCAGUUAUCUUUGGGACAAAUCAACAAAAGCUUAUGGCAAGGUUAAAGGUGCUAAUGUAUUUAUUAAUUGGGCCUUUGAUACAAUGGAAAAUGUCGUUGGCGCAGUUAUUGUAAGAACUUUACCAGUUGCUCGGCUCAUGGAGGGACCCAUUUAUAAUCUUGACAAAACGCUCUGUCAGGGCUUGGAUUUUGUUGAGGUUAAACUCCCCAUCAUCAAGGAAGAACCAAAAGAAAUUUUAGACCGUACAAAAUCUUUGGUAACUGACCAUCUUCGACCAGCCGUUCAGACUUUCAUGGAUCUGAAAGAAGAAACAGAACAGAGAGUUAAAAUCAUAAGACUGCAUACGUCCUACAAGGUCCAUUACCUCAGAGUUUAUAGCUGGCGUCAGGCUGACAAAGUUAUGUCUACUGAAACUGGAAUAAAUAUUUUGCGAACUGUCGAUAAUACAACGGUACUUGCUGAAUUGAUGCUUGACAAAUACCUGCCGGCUGCUGAGGACGAGAAUUACGAAGCUGAGGAGAUGCAAUGCUGCGAUCAUGACAAUCUCCAUCACACAAUUAUAAGACUAAGCGAAUUCGGGAGCAGAGCUACACGACGUAUAUAUUUCGCGGUAAUGGAUCGUUUGCAACACAUGUACAAAAUCGAAAUACUCAUUGUAUUAAUUCACGUACUCGUAGUAAUACGAGUCAUCAAGAUUCUCGAAAUACCACUUAAUCUCAUCCUUAAGUUUAUCAACGACUGUUUUACGGCAUACUGAAAGGAACAAUUUUAUACUUUGUGAUAACUUUGUGUUUUAUAUCCUUAUGUAUAAAGAAAAUCGUCAAUGAGAUAAUCGUCCUUACAUUUUAGCAGAUUUUAUGAAGCUUUACGUCUCAUCUAUAAGCAUGUGGGAAAAAUCUAUGCAAAUAAUUGCGAAAACAUAAUUUUAAAUCCUACUUAGAAUACGAUAAGUUUAUACUGUCGUGUGUAUUAUGAUCUGAAAUGUGUAUAUUUAAAAGUGAUAUUCUAUAAUAAGUCAAGCAAUUGAAAAAAAAAAUCAUUGCAAAGUAGAUUUUUUCUAACAUGUUUGUAAAGCUAAAGUGCUCAACAAUUUAGGCAUCAAUCUUCGUAGAAUGAUUAAUACCAAAAGAUCAACUCAGUAGCAACUAGAGUAGUUUUGAAGACUAAGAUUUUCAUUAAAAAGAGAAAUGGCAAAAUCUGUUCAAUUGUGAAGGCGUCUAUCGUAUCGACAUUUUUAGUACGUACGAAAUAUGUUACGUCCACUAUCACAACUUCGAUGGCAACCCUCUACGGUUUUCUUUGAAUUUUAUUAUUUCGAGAUUAAAAACUUCAAAAUUCCUUUUAUUUCACAAAUUUAUGUUCCUUUUCGCUUUACUCAAUAUGGUGUAUUUUUUUUUUUUAGUGGUUCGAAAAACAAAGGUAACUGAUGAAACUUCAUACCCGAGCAGUUCGUAAGAGAAAGGAGAAUCGGAAACGAGAAAUUCAAAUGACAGAUUUUAUCAUUGUACUCAAAUUUCCAAAUUUCUAUUAAAUUUUAUGAAAUUUUUUUCUUGUUCUCUUUUCUACGGAACUGAGUGAAAUUUGAAAUAUCGAAAUGGAUUAUAUAAACAAAGAAAACCGGAGUGGGUUUUACGAGUCGAGAUGGACUGGCGCAAACCAAUGCAAAUGCUACUAUUUUUUUUUAUUUUUUAAUUACUGCACCAUAUAGUCACUUAUUUUAUCAUUAACAAUACGUUCUCAGACGAGUCGUCACAAUAUUACUCGAAAAAUGUGAAAAGUCAAAACAAAAGAGUUUGAUUAACUAGUCCAAUGGCGUAUAAAAUUUCUACAUUACUGAGUGACUUAAAGCCUUGAUACUUAGAAAUGUAUUAAAUGUUAGAUUUAUGUGUGUGUGUGUGUGUGUGUGUGUGCGCCUAUCGAAGAUUUGACAAUUUUUGAUGAAAUUGAAUGACUAAUAUUUUGAAGACUUAUUGAUCUUGUUUACAAUAAAACAAAUAUACUAAUGACAUUAUUUUGGUUGAAUUUAACGAUAUUGUGAAAUGACACUGAAGUUUGCAACGUUGGAGUCCAACCAAUUUUUUGGAGUUACUAAUUUUUUAUUUCACGAAUCAUUGGUAUAGACUGAAAAAUUAAAAUUGUAAAUCAGGCAGGUAACAGAAUUGGAGAGUUACUGGAAUUGUUGGAGAGUUUUUUAAAAUCAAUUCGUUAGACUUCAGCGUCAUAUUGCGGAACAAGAAUGAUCUCGUGGUUGGAUGACGGAAAUAUCAAAUCGUUAACCAUAAGAAAGUAGCUUAUAGAGAAAAAAGGUUUAAACUGAGUACAGUAAUCGUGGAUUUUCUCACGUGUGAAGAUUUUUCAGUGGCUUGAAAUAAAUGAGAAACUACUCACUCGUCAUGAA